AUGCGCAGUGUCGCCAUCACGGAUCUGUGCAUCGAGAGCUGCAUCCCUGCCUCGCUGUGUUCACUGCGAGGAACUGGACUUGAUUCACAGCUAGUGCGAUUUACUGCUAAUUACCGGUACCUCGCAGAUUAUCAGAGGUUAGCCCUGAAGACCUUCCUACUCGGGAUGAGUCCAGAUGUGAGGGAAAAGCGGCAUUGUGCAUCGUCGGAAAUAAUCGUGAGAACACCUAGAACUGAGGGUUUCACAAACCCCGAUCUGAACAUCAGCCAAAGGAAAAACCGGAAGAUAGUUCUCUCCUCCCUGAAGCUGAUGGAAAGAGAACCCAUCCAGAUCUUACAAGGGAAGGUGCAGAUCGCCUGCUGCGUGCUGUCGGUGGGCCUGACGCAGACAGGCGCCUCUGCCUCCGCAGGGGCCUUUUCUGCAUCUGCGGUCUGGUGUCUUAUACCUGUGGUUUGUAAAAACACCAAAGCCAGAAAGCGAACUUUAGAUGGUUUUGUGUGUUUGCUCCUGCAGCUCUACGUGGCCACAGAAGCCAUCCUCAUCACACUGGUCGGGGCCACGCCGUCGUACCACUGGGACCUGGCAGAGCUCCACCCCAAUCAGAGUCACGGCAACCAGUCGGCCGGUGGAGACCAGGCCCUCGGGGCCUGGCUCCUGACAGCCAACGGCAGCGAGAUCCACAAGCACGUGCAUUUCAGCGGCGGCUUCACCUCCAUCGCCUCCGAGUGGUUUUUAAUUGCCAACAGAUCUUACAAAGUCAGCGCAGCAAGCUCUUUUUUCUUCAGCGGUGUGUUUGUGGGAGUGAUCUCUUUUGGGCAGCUUUCGGAUCGUUUCGGAAGGAAAAAAGUCUAUCUCACAGGUUUUGCCCUCGAUAUCUUAUUCGCUGUUGCAAAUGGGUUUUCUCCCUCGUAUGAGUUCUUUGCGAUAACUCGCUUCCUGGUGGGCGUGAUGAAUGGAGGGAUGUCUCUGGUGGCCUUUGUCUGCUUGGGCACUGCCUACUGGGCACUCGCAGGGUCGAUCGGCGGCCUCUUCUUCGCAGUCGGCAUUGCCCAGUACGCCCUGUUGGGGUACUUCGUCCGCUCCUGGAGGACCCUCGCCGUGCUGGUUAACCUGCAGGGAACAGUGGCCUUUCUCUUAUCUUUAUUCAUUCCUGAAUCACCUCGUUGGUUGUACUCCCAGGGUCGACUGAGUGAGGCCGAGGCUGCUCUGUACCUCAUCGCCAAGAGGAACCGCAAGUUCAAGUGUACAUUCUCACUGACGCACCCGGCCAACAGGAGCUGCCGGGAGACUGGAAGUUUCCUGGACUUGUUCCGGUACCGGAUCCUCUUGGGGCACACCCUGACCCUCAUGUUCAUCUGGUUUGUGUGCAGCUUGGUGUAUUAUGGCCUAACUCUGAGUGCAGGAGAUCUAGGUGGAAAUAUGUAUGCCAAUCUGGCCCUGUCUGGCCUCAUAGAGAUUCCAUCGUACCCCUUGUGCAUCUACUUGGUUAACCAAAAGUGGUUUGGUCGGAAGCGGACAUUAGCAGCAUUUCUGUGCCUAGGAGGGCUGGCUUGUCUUAUUGUAAUGUUUCUUCCAGAAAAGAAAGACACAGGUGCGUUCGCCGUGCUGAACAGCCGUUCCUUGUCCCUGCUGGGGAAGCUGACCAUCAGCGCUGCCUUUAACGUCGUGUACAUCUACACCUCUGAGCUCUACCCGACGGUCAUCAGGAACGUCGGGCUGGGAACUUGUUCCAUGUUCUCCCGAGUCGGCGGGAUUAUCGCUCCCUUCGUCCCCUCCCUGAAGUACGUGCAGUGGUCUUUACCCUUCAUUGUCUUUGGAGCCACGGGCCUGGUCUCCGGCCUCCUGAGUCUGUUACUGCCAGAAACCCUUAACAGUCCGUUGCUGGAGACGGUUUCUGACCUUCAGGUGUAUUCCUACUGGAGGCUGGGAGAGGAAGCUCUGUCGUUACAGACCUUGGACACCCCACAGUCUGUGGACAAGGAGCGGGUAGGGAGUGAGAGUGAGGAAGAGGAAGAGUUUUACGAUGCCGACGAAGAGACUCAGAUGAUCAAGUGAAGAGCGCCAGGCCCCUCUCAGAAGCAGGCCGUCCGUGGUGCCUCCGGCCGAGGCAGCUUCUCCUGGGAAACUUCAAGCACUGCAGAAGAUAGGCGUGGACUCGCAUAGAAGGGACUCAGCGUGGACCGGUUAUUUUUCAGGCACAGAACAAGUUGGAGGAGAGAUUUAGUUCAUGGAAGAGGCCAUCACUGCAUUGAGGGAAUAGUUAAUUUGUCCAGUAUUCGGGUUUAGCUCAGAAUCAUGACCUCGGGCAAGACAUCUCAACUCCACAUGCCAGAGUGGCAAGCUGAUUUGUUUCCAGAAGUUUGAUCAUGUCGCUUUUCCUCCAUCACGACCUAAAGCAGAUAUGUAAAAUUUCAUUUUCACUGUUGUAGUGGGAUAAGAUGAACACCUUUAAGACUGAAUCUUUCGGUCCGUAAGAUUCAUCUCCUUACGCAUUUGACAUCCACCUGUAUCAGUUGCUCCUCACCAGGAAUCUUCUGAGACAGGCUGCUGUUCGCAUGUUGACUGUGCCAGAGGAAAAGCACCUAGAGGUCACCUAUGUGGCCCGAGGCCCUCCCUCUGGCUUUAUUCUAACUGAUGAAGGAAGUUGGGUCCUUGGCUUAGUUCCUGGCCUCACAGCUGGCUUGAGCUCCUUGUGCCUUUAGUCUCACAGAUGAUUUUCUGGGAAAAGCCAACUGCACCAGAGCAGCCAGCUCAGAGUCAGGCGUGGCUGCGAGCUCAGAUUCCAUAAUUUCUUCAGUUCCCUCUUGGCACACCUCUAGAAAAAUUUCUGUCUCAGAUUCGAGUACCAGCAGUAACUUCAAAAUUAUGCCCGAUAAAUGAUGAUGUUUUAUAAAGGUGGAGAGCAGUUUAAAAGGGACUUGGUGAGCCUUGGAUGUUAAAAGGGGAGGGGGAGGGGCAAGGAGGUAGCAUUUUUAAGAAGGAAGAAAAGAAAAUUAUUUUCCACAAUUUUGUAUUUGAUUUGUUUUCAGUGCUGUGCAAUGUGGGACUUGGGCAAGAUUUAAGAAUUCGAACUCUCCCGAGGUCAGCCCCUGCCUAUUUAGUCAAAUGGAAGGCACGAGAAUUUCAUAGGAAAUUUUGAUUUUUUUGUUAAGUACUACCAACUUUCAAAUAAAUCAAAAUCAUACUCAAGUUUCCUAAAAUCAUGUGCUGAAAAUAUCUGUUUCCCCAAGAAACCUGAAUGUCAUCUCAAACUGGAGUCAGUGAGCUUAGGCAGCAUUGCUUUAGGUCACUUUCCCAACUAGGAAAAUUUCUGUGUUUUCAGAAUUUCCACUCCUCCUAACCUCUUAGAGAAAAAGAAAAUGCAUUAGCGGUAACGCAAAGACGCCACAGCGACCCACAGUGACCGCUUCAGGAAAUCUUGGAGGCCUCACCCCCAGCGGGCUCCCCCACAUUGUCCCCUUAUUUGCCCUGGAUCAGUCUGUACCUUUGUACGUGUUGAAAUAUUUUUAUGUUCUUUAUGCUCAUGAUUAUGUAUCAUGCUCUUCACAAAUAGGGGCCAUCUCUACUACUUUGUAUUUCUCUCUGCUGUGUACAGAACACGGGCCUGGAUGUAGCAAGGACUAGAAUGUAUCAUUGUUUCUAGCCAUCCCAGAAAUUUGGAACUCCUCCCAGUAUCCUUUUUGUAAGCCCCAGGCAGAUCUGACCCCAACCCCCCGCACUGCGGAUUCCUGCUCAUCUUUCUCUGGAAAAGGCAGACCCCGCCCACUGCCAAGGGAGGAGGAGAGGAGGAACUUAACGGCACUAAAAGCUCUUCAGUGGCCGCCAUUCAGAUGAAACACUGCAAGAAAAAUGCAAGACACCUAAGAAACGCCAGGGUCUCCAGGGUCCAAAGUCUCAUAACAGAACCUUGGCACCACAUGGACACGUUGAAAGAAACCGUGUUGUGGUUUCCUGAUUUGGUGAGUGAAAACCACUGCCCGUUGUAAAUGCAGUUUUGUAAUGGGGCUGCUUUCAAGCAAUACAGACAUUCUUUAGUAUUUAAAAAUGAGUAAAUAAAAUAAAACAAGUAAACAAGAAGCAAA